CGAACGUUCGACUACACCGGAAAUAGUUGAAAGCGCAGUGAGUUGUCUCCCAUUGUGUAUACGUGAGCUUAUUGAUUAAAAGAGCCCUUUAUCGCUCGUUAAACAACUUUAGAACGAUCUAAUCAGUUGACUCAUUCUCACUGACAUUUGGAACAUAAAUUUAAAGACAAAAAUGAACGUGACUCUGGCUGUCAAGCAGUACAUUUCCAAAAUGAUAGAGAGCAGCGGACCCGGGAUGAAGGUGCUGCUGAUGGACAAGGAAACAACCAGUAUCGUGAGUGUAGUGUACACACAGUCUGAGAUCCUUCAGAAAGAAGUCUUCCUUUUUGAGCGCAUCGACUCACAAAACAGGGACAAUAUGAAGCACCUCAAGGCAAUCUGCUUUCUUCGGCCAACCAAGGAGAAUGUAGGGCACCUGAUUCAAGAGCUUCGUCGGCCCAAGUAUAGUGUUUACUUCAUCUAUUUCAGUAACGUGAUCAGUAAGAGUGAAAUAAAGGCUUUGGCUGAGGCAGAUGAACAGGAAGUAGUGGCAGAAGUGCAGGAGUUCUAUGGAGAUUUCAUUGCUGUGAACCCUCAUCUCUUCUCCCUAAACCUUCAAGGAGUAUCCAGGGGUCGCAGUUGGGAGCCCAGUGUAUUGCCUCGUGUUACUCAGGGUCUGACAUCAGUGUUGCUGGCCCUGAAGAAAUGCCCCAUGAUCCGCUACCAGCUCUCUUCUGACAUGUCCAAAAGGCUGGCAGAGUGCAUCAAACAAAUCAUUACUAAGGAGUAUGAACUGUUUGACUUCAGAAAAACAGAAGUUCCUCCUCUUCUCCUAAUUUUAGACAGAAGUGAUGAUGCCAUUACUCCCCUUCUCAAUCAGUGGACAUAUCAGGCCAUGGUUCAUGAGCUACUGGGCCUCAAUAACAACCGCAUAGACCUGUCAAAAGUUCCUGGAAUCAGUAAGGAACUACGGGAGGUGGUCUUGUCUGCAGAAAAUGAUGAGUUUUAUGCAAAUAAUUUAUACCUGAAUUUUGGUGAGAUUGGAACAAACAUCAAGAACCUGAUGGAGGAUUUCCAGAAGAAAAAGCCCAAGGACAAACAAAAAUUAGAGUCCAUAUCUGACAUGAAGGCUUUCGUGGAUAAUUACCCACAGUUUAAGAAAAUGUCAGGCACAGUCUCAAAACACGUAACUGUGGUUGGGGAGCUGUCUCGCCUGGUCAGUGAAAGACAGCUGAUGGAGGUGUCAGAGGUGGAGCAGGAGCUGGCCUGCCAGAAUGACCACUCCAGUGCACAACAGAACGUGAGGCGAUUAUUGCAGAAUCCUCGGCUUUCUGAAAUUGAUGCUGUGCGGCUGGUGAUGCUGUACGCGCUUCGCUAUGAGAAACACAACAGCAGUAUUCUCCCCAGCCUUAUGGAGGAGCUCAACCGCAAAGGGGCGUUAGAGAGACACCGCAAGAUGAUACAAGCCGUGGUGGAAUAUGGUGGCAAACGAGUCAGAGGAAGUGACCUCAUGGCUCCUACAGAUGCUGUGGCCAUAACCAAACAGUUUUUCAAAGGACUUAAGGGAGUUGAGAAUGUGUACGCGCAGCAUCAGCCGCUACUACAUGACACGCUGGAUCAGCUGAUCAAGGGUCGUUUGAAGGACAGCCAGUUCCCCUACCUCGGGCCAAGUUCUCUUAGAGACAGACCUCAAGACAUUAUUGUCUUUAUUAUUGGUGGGGCCACUUACGAGGAGGCAUUGACUGUUUAUAACCUGAACCGCACAAUGCCGGGGGUCCGCAUCGUACUCGGGGGCACAACCAUUCACAACACUAAGAGCUUUCUGGAGGAAGUGAUGCUUUCAGUAGGUUCAGGUGGUGACAGAACACGAGGCGGAGGCCGUCAGCUGAGCCGACGUUGAGCUGUUAUCAGCAUAUUAAUGUGUGCUUACACUCGCAGCGCUGUCUGUCCUCUGAACCCUGAGCUGAGCAUGUUUUUCUUCUGUUUCUUACCUGAUAUUCCUUGAAAAUGUUUUGGAUAUUUAAGUUAAGGAAAUUGUAGCAUUGCACGAUAAGGUUUAAUUCAUUAACAUUAUUGAACAAUUAAUAACAAUUUGAACAGCAUUUAUUCAUCUAAGUUCAUGUUAAUUGUAAUAAUGAAUUGUUAAAAAUGUAUCAACAUUAACCUAGAUUAAUAAAUAUUGUAAUAUCAUUCAUCUUUUUUAGUUCAACUUGUUAACUAAUGUAAAUGAUUUGAAACGUAUCGUAAAGUGUUAUUAAAAAAAUAUAGAAGCCGAAGUGUUGAUGAUGUGUGAAACACUGUAAAUGUGCAUAACUUUUGUGAUCAUAUGUAAAUAAUGUUUUAGAUGACCCAAAAAUGUUCACAGUGUCAGCAUUUUGUAUUUAUUUGCUUGGUGUUGCAGCGUUUGAUUGUUUCUGGACAGAUGACUACUGUAUGUUUCACUAAAAAAUGUAUAUAUACAUAUCUUAUGAACAAAAAUGUAACCGGCUGUUUUGUGUAUAUAUCUAACUUGAAUUACAAUAAUGUCAAAAUUGUUGAAUCAAAUGAUUCCAACAAGGCUAGAAAAAUCUAACAAAAUCCGUUUGUUUCAAAACUAAGCAAAAUUCUAAAACAUUUGGAUUUUAGAAAAAAAAUUGGUGCACCGUAUUCUUUGUUAUUAUUACUAACAUCCCUAUCCAGCUAAAUUAAAAGACAUGCUGCAGAUAUCCAGACAUGUAUAAACUUGUCUUCUCGUAAUUAGCAAGAGCUUAUUAAUUCAAUCAUUGCACAAUAAUAUUAAUAUCUAAUAUCAAAGUCUUUUAACAACUUAUAUGGCCUUUCAUUUAUAAAAUGUUUUAUGGCAGUUCUUGGUAGAUAAAUUGCAACACACCAUCUUUGUACAGGUGCAUCUCAAUAAAUUUUAAUGUUGUGGAAAAGUUCAUUUAUUUCAGUAAUUUAACUCAAAUUGUGAAACUCGUGUAUUAAAUUAAUUCAGUGCACACA